CUUUCUACUUCCCCUUCAGUUCAUAGGUUUUGAUUCCUGGGUUUUGUCUGUUUUUCACUAAUUUUAAGGGGGCUUCUAGAGAUUCCAAUGACAAAUUUUUCUAAAGGAGACGCCACGUGGAGGCUCUUUCCUGGAUCAGACUGUUUUGAUGCUUCAGCCAAUAUUUCACUUUUUUCAAGCUCUCUUCCUGUUCUCUUCCAUAAGAAGCUGAACUUGAGUGAAGUGGAACACGGUCUCAAAUCUAUUGAUGACACAUCAGUCUUGAAGAAGAUUCACCCUGAAGUAGAGGGUGAUGACUUGCUUGAAGAUUCUAUUCGCACUUCAAUCAAAUGCUUGCUUCCUGAUGAUGAAGAUGAACUUUUAUCUGGCAUAGUGGGUGGCUAUGAACUGAAUGGGCUUCCCAAUCACAGCGACGACUUGGAAGAUUAUGAUUUGUUUGGCAGUGGAGGAGGGUUGGAACUGGAACCCGAUCCUCAGGAAAGUCUAACUAUUGGUUUAUCAAAACUAAGUCUCUCUGAUAUUGCUGGAGUGCCUCAUAAUGGACUUCCUAAUGGAAAUGGGGCCAUCAGUGGGGAGCAUCCCCUCGGGGAACAUCCUUCAAGAACGCUAUUUGUUCGUAAUAUCAACAGUAAUGUCGAGGAUUCCGAAUUGAGAACUCUCUUUGAGCAAUAUGGUGAUAUCAGAACUAUGUACACUGCUUGUAAACAUAGGGGUUUCGUGAUGAUAUCUUAUUAUGAUAUCCGUGCUGCUCGAACAGCAAUGCGGACUUUACAGAAUAAGCCUCUGCGGAGAAGAAAACUCGAUAUUCAUUUCUCAAUCCCUAAGGAUAACCCUUCAGAGAAAGAUGUUAACCAAGGAACCCUAGUGGUUUUCAAUUUGGACCCAUCAGUUUCAAAUGAUCACCUCCAUCAAAUCUUUGGGUCUUAUGGUGAGAUCAAAGAGAUAAGGGAGACACCACACAAGCGGCACCACAAGUUCAUUGAGUACUAUGAUGUUAGGGCUGCCGAAGCGGCUCUUAGAUCCUUAAAUAGGAGUGACAUAGCGGGGAAGCGGAUCAAACUCGAACCUAGCCGCCCCGGGGGAGCACGCCGAAAUUUUCUGUUAAAUCAAGACCCCGAACACGAAGAAUCUCGGAGUUUACCUCUUCAUUUAGGAUCUUCAUUCGGUACAUCUCCAUCAGGUAACUGGCAACACUUUGGCAGCCCUGGGGAUCAUCAUGAUCAUAUGCAAAGUCCUAGCAAUCCUAAUGGUUUUAGACCCUUGAAUUCUACAUCUGGAAAUAACUUGCCCGGAUUAGCUUCCAUUUUGUCUCCUCAAACAUUGAACUCUGGUAGGAUUGCACCUAUUGGUAAGUGUGAAAGAACCAGUUCUUCCAUCCAACAACAACCUCAUUCUUUUCCAGAGCCAAAACCGAAUUGGUAUUCCGGACCGAUCUCUUCAUACGGUGCUUCUAGUUCAAAUGGUUCGGGUAUCGAAACGCUCUCCGGGACCCAAUUUCUUUGGGGAAGUCCGAAGGUCUAUCCGGACCAAAGUAACAAUAGUUCUACUUGGCAUCCUUUCGCAUCGAACGGCCGCGGGUUUGCGUUUCCCGCACAACACCGCCUCCGGGACCUUCAUAAUGUGGGGUCCGCUCCAUCGGGUCUUCCUUUCGAGAGACACUUGGGUUUCUUCCCGGAGUCGUUACCGGAAGCCUCUUACUUGGGUCCCGCUUUCCGAGGCACUAACACUGGAUCCUACGAGAGGAGUCAUAUGAUGAAUGCGAAUAUGCCGGCCGAUAGUGGGCCCCCCGGAUUCAACAUGUUGACUUCUCAAAGGUUGAGCUCCGUGUUCUUGGGAAACGGUCAUGUACCAGGACCCACAGCUGCUGUGUUUGAAGGUUUAGCUGAACAUGCGCAUGCCAGGCGGGUAGAGGUUUAUGGGAACCAGGUUGAUAAUAGAAAGUUUCAGCUUGACUUGGACAAGAUUAGAAAUGGGGAUGAUACUCGGACAACGUUAAUGAUAAAGAACAUCCCAAACAAGUACACGUCGAAGAUGCUGUUGGCUACCAUCGACGAACGUCAUAGGGGAACCUAUGACUUCCUGUAUUUGCCCAUUGAUUUUAAGAAUAAGUGCAACGUGGGCUAUGCAUUUAUUAAUAUGUUGUCUCCCUUGCUCAUCAUACCAUUUUAUGAGGCAUUUAAUGGGAAAAAGUGGGAGAAGUUCAAUAGUGAGAAAAUGGCUUCUUUGGCAUAUGCUCGAAUCCAGGGAAAGAGUGCCCUCGUCUCUCACUUUCAGAACUCAAGCCUGAUGAAUGAAGAUAAGCGGUGCAGGCCAAUAGUAUUCCAUUCAGAAAGUCCAGAUUCUAGUUGUCAGGCAUGAAUUACUCUACCCCUUGUCCCUCAAAGAGACCCGAGAGAGUUUUUGUUCGCCCACAUAUUCCUUUUCCUUUAAAACUCAAAGACUAUUUUACCCUUACUUCUGCACUAUUUUCAUGUUUUACAUCUCCCUCUGACUUACCACACCACCAAGGGCAAAAAAAGGAAAGUCAAAUAUUUUUUCAUCUUACGCUAAAAAGUGUGCCAGUCAAAACGAGAAGAAUAUGUGGGACCCAGGGAGUACUAAAAUCAGUUAGCAUGGCUAACGAGAGACCUCGUUGUGCAGAUUGUCCAGGAACUUCUACUAUCCAGUGGUCUGAACAUCCAAACACAUCAAUCAAAUGUGUUGGAGUCAUUUUCAAGCACCCCACCAGAGUGAUUUUCAGCAGCCCGAAAGCAUUUCGUUGUGUCAAUCCAAGCAAAGUGGAUGCUGUUUGGUUACCCGUAGUACGUUUUCGCUCUUUUUUUUGUGAAAAAAAGCUCUAACGACAGGUUCUUGUUUAGCAGUUUUUUGUAUAAUAGUAAUGGCUGGUUUGACAAUCAUCCUUUUGGCUCCUGCAAACCGGCAAAGAAGUGGCGCUAACUUAUCUACGUUUUGG